AUGACAGAUGCUUGCUGUUCCCAUGAUGAACUAAUUGCUCUGAUAGAACAAUUCUUUUCUUUUCAACAGUGUCAGUGUUUUAAUAGUUAUCAAGCGAUGUCAAGUACUACUGAAAAGUGUCGUGAAAUUCUGCUUCGACUUACAAAAGCAAUUGAAAACAUUGAAGUUUAUAGUUACAAAAAACAAGAUGACAAUUCCAUCAAGAAAACUUCCACACCCAACACCGUGCAGGACACGAAGGAACAGAAACCAGCACAUAUCAAUGCAAAUUCCUCAGCUUUAUCCUCUUCGGCGUACAACCUUUUGUUCCAGGCGUUGCUGGAGCUUCGGACCAAAUCUUAUACCAAAAACCAGGCGAUCAGAGCCAAACUGAUCCAGUACAAUAUAAUCAAAAAGAUUUUCCACCUUCUGUGUGAAAAACCAGCUGGCCUUCAAACUGCUUAUGAAAACUACCUCAAGUCGAUUGGUAGAAAGAAGGGUGAAGAGCGGCAAGGUGAUGGUAGACAAAAUAAUGGUGACAAAGAGGGAACAGUAAAAGAGGAAAGUAAAAAUGAAGUUGAGUCUUUGGGAGGGGGAAGUGCCAAGAAUAAUGACAGUAUGGAAUGUUGUCUUCAGCCAUUUGAAUUAGACGAGCAAGAAACGGUUCCCUUUGCAGAUUUUAGGGACCUUUUGCUAAGUCUUCUGGGAAAUUUUUGCCUGGACUCUGCUGCUCGAAUCCAGGUCAUCAAACAUCGAGGAAUUACCAUACUUCGUACAAUUCUCUUUGAGGCAGAAUCUGAGAGUAUCUGGCGCCGAUGUUGUCGCACUCUGGCAAACCUUGCUGUGGACCCUGCCUGUCGGAAAGCCAUUCAAGCCACAGAUAUUACAGCAAAAAUAAUUUGUAUUUUGGAAAGUUCUUGUGAUUCUGAAUGCAAAUCCACAAUAUGUCGAACUCUUAGACUUUUUGCUGAAUCCAGCCAACUUCUCAAGACCAUCAUUGACUGCAAUGGCAUCACUAUCUUGAUACAGAUCUGCAGAUAUGGAACGCACAGUGUGAAAGGCGCUGCAGUAAAAACUUUGGCUGAAUUAGGAAAGAAAAACUGUUCUGUUGAAUUUGGACAACAAGUUCUCCGAGGAGAGGGUCUUGUAAAGUUGGUGGAGAUGACCAAAGAAGAUGCUGUUUACUCGGAACAUGCUCUCUGCAUUCUUAUCUAUCUCAGCCACCAUAGUUUCAUCCGACCGUUAAUGGGAAGUUCUGAUGUCAUUCAGACCCUCCAGUCGAAAUUUGAAUCGGAAAUUCCGGCACACCUCUGCUCGGAGAUUUUGAAUGCUUUCUGCCUUUUCUCUAAUGAGGCUAUCAACAGAGUGAAGUUGAGACAAUUUGGAAUUCUCAAGAUUCUCCUCAACGCCCUUCAGGACCAGCGCUAUGCCCUGCUACACAAUCGGAUCAUCAGCGCAUUUGUUAACUUUUUGUAUGAUGAUAGCAGCUUUGAUUUGCUCCUUGAGAAUGGCCUUGUGCCUGUGCUCUUUGUCCAUCUCCAGCGCUGUGCUGGUUUCUCCUUUACAAUACCAAACACGGAACCAUUUGUGGAAUCUUUAAUUGAAGCAGUCAUGAAUCGUAAUGACGAGAGUGGGAAUUCUAAUAUCCAUGAACCUGCAUGUAGUAACACUCAGGAAAAGUGUACAAAGCAUGCCACAACUGGUAGUUCAAGCACUGGCAAAGAGUCAAGCUCUAAGGAAAAGUGUACAAAGCAUGCCACAACUGGUAGUUCAAGCACUGGCAAAGAGUCAAGCUCUAAGGAAAAGUGUACAAAGCAUGCCACAACUGGUAGUUCAAGCACUGGCAAAGAGUCAAGCUCUGAGGAAAAGUGUACAAAGCAUGCCACAACUGGUAGUUCAAGCACUGGCAAAGAGUCAAGCUCUGAGGAAAAGUGUACAAAGCAUGCCACAACUGGUAGUUCAAGCACUGGCAAAGAGUCAAGCUCUGAGGAAAAGUGUACAAAGCAUGCCACAACUGGUAGUUCAAGCACUAGCAAAGAGUCAAGCCUUGAAGGAAACCCUGAACCAAAGUUAGUUAACAAGGGCCAAAGCACUGAUAGUGAAAGGAUCUUGAGCAACAGCCUGGUGUUAAUUUCAAAUAACAAUGCAGAUGCCAGCAAACAUGACCCAAAAGUAGAAGAGAAGCUAUCAUCCUUACCCACUUAUAAGCAAUGCCUUUCAGCAAGCGAUAAUCCUCCAGACAAAGAUCAGGAGACACCUCCAGCAAGACAAGCGAAAAACUGCCAAACUGCUCAAGCCCAAAGGACCUGCUUGCCUGAUUCUGCCUGUGUAAAUGGACAACUGCAGGUGCCAGGCACCAGGGGUCGAAUUCCAAAGAGAAAGCAUAAGACAGAAGUCUUUUCUGAACCAUCUAAACGAUAUCGUUUGUCAUUAGGUGUCAAAGCCGAUCCACAGAAGGAACCCGCUAUCUUGAGUUUUAAGAUCCCAGAUACUCACAACCUGAGCCCGUUAGUUGCCGAGACAGUUGCAGACAUGGUAGAUAUGUCGCCCUCGACAGUGUUGUCGCAUGUUGGCAAAUGCUCUGAACACUUGGAGCAGCAUGCCACAGAGAUCAUAGCUUUCCAUGGCAGUUCUCUCUUGGAGCCAUCUCAAUCGCAGACCAUGGAUAUGGAAAGCAACCGUGCAGAUAUAUUUGUGACUUUAAGGAGCAAGUGUAGUGUGGGUCGGAUAGAAGAGAUUUUAAAAAUGAAAGGGUUUUGUAUAAGAACUGAAUCAGAGACAUGCGACUCGGAUCAGGAAGUUGAUAGCGAUGAUGAGGAUGAUAAAGUUUUGGAGAAACAGCAAAGAAAUUUUUAUUGCAUCGACAGUCCUUCCUAUCAAAAUGAGAUCACAUGGCAACCAGAGGAUUAUGCUACAGAUGCAACAUUAAAAUCUUCCUCUCUCACCGGUGGUCAGUAUUUAAGUCCACUUAGCAAUGCCUCUUACCAUUCUCCUGACUGGAGUCCGAACUUCAGCUCACAAGAGAAGGACUUCAGUUCUAAGGACAGUUACAGCAGUGAGGAAGAAAUGCAAGUGGAUGCUAGUGACGGAACUCUGUCUCAUUCUGAUAACUACACAGCAGAUAACAAUUGUCAGGAGUCUGUGUGCAAGACUUCACGCCAUAAAAAGAAUACAAGUCUUGGUGCCACCAAGAAAUGUUCAAAGACACAAAGGAGUGUCAACUUGGUCAACCGGAAAACAGAGGACAACAUACUUAUUCUGUUGUCUCGUAUUUCCCAAAAAGAGAACCCGACAAAAUAUCUUGCGAAUGUGGAGAGCUUUCUGUGCCUCCUUCGUUACAUUGGACAUGUUCCGCUAGCCUUUCCAAGGAGUGUGCGCAUUCUGGGUCGGGUGGUUAGCAACCUCUUCUGUCUUGAGAGCCUUUUGGGAUUCAUGGCGCCAGCAUUGAUAUUCUUAGAACUAAUGACUUCUUGGAACCACCGGAUCUGUGAUACUAGAUGUCACAGUGACAUGUUUUGGACACCAUCUCGGGCAACUUGGUUAAACAUCGGCAGUGUUUUUUCUCAGAACUCUUGUAUUGAAGGUUCUGACGAUCUUUUGAAGGCAGGACAAUUAAUACUGAACGAGUUUGGUGUCGUGGCUGAGAUUAAUUUUGGUACUUGUCUGCUGGCACAACACUUAAUGAAGGAGACGCCCCAACAGAAUUAUGUCAUUGCUUGUUUACCAUUCCUUUGCCGAAGUCACAAUGUUCAGGAGAAACUUUUGGUUCGCUUACGAGGUUUUGACCUUCUCCAGAACAUCGUCAUGUCCAACCCAAAGAGCUGUCUUUCCAAAGUCGUUAUCCUCGGUUUAUCUUACCUGGCUUGUCACCUCAACGUCAAACCUGACCCCAUAACACCAACACCCUAUCCGAAGUGCUCCAAAACGAAAAAGUCAAUAAAAUGCUGUAUGAAGACGUUUCCAAAGGAUAUUACCUUUGUGACGGACUAUGGUCAGAAGGUGUUUGCCAACAAGGAACAACUUACACAGCAGUCGGAUGUCUUCUCCGCCAUGCUGACGAGUAAUUUUCUCGAAUCAAAGAGUGCCGAAAUUGCCAUUCCCGAUAUCUCAUUAGUUGCACUGAGAUUUAUUGUGCAUUAUUUGCAUGGUUGUUCAGUUAAGUGCAGCAUCAUUGAUUACAUUGUCAGCCCCAAGUCUAGUCUACCCUUCGAUGGCAUCGUGAACGUGUUGGCUCACGCUGACCAGUAUAUGUUGACCAAACUGCAGGACUUUCUAGUGAAGAUCGUACGAGAGAAGUACCUGAACUAUCAAACAGCAGGCAAGUUUUACAAUGUGGCUUCACUGCACAACUAUAAUGACCUGCGGAAAGAGUGCCUCACCUAUUGUUUGGUAAGUUUGGUAUUUGGCAGCAAGUCUGUUAGUUGCAUGAUGGAUAUUCUCACUGGACCGUAUGCGAGGGAAUUUCUUGAUUUGGUCAAGAAAACUCUUAAAAAACAUGCAACUAUUGACCCUUUUGCUAAAAUAUAA